GCUUGUAGCGUCAUUAAAAUAAUUGCUUGCUUUGUGAAAAAAUUUAAAAUUUUAUAGAAAUUUAGAAAUUAAAGAAAAAUAAACAUAAAUUAAAGGUUUCUUAAUUAAAAAAUACAUAAUGGGUUCUUCGAAGAAACAUAAAAAGCAUAAAUUGGAAAAACGGGAAAGAUAUGAAGAAUACAGCCACAAUACCGAUCCCUCCAAUUUGCAAAGAGGCUUAAAAUUGAUACUAAAAGUGGGACCCAAUAGCACACCCGAAUAUUCAGGCGAUGGCUGUUCCCUGACAUCCAUGGUAGCCGGCCCUCCUACGGCUGCGGAAGCUAUGUGCAGCAGCCCUUUAAUGCUGGAAGAUAUGGAGGAAUAUCGUGAAAAGCACAAGAAAUCUAAGAAAAAGAAGAAGAAAAAAGAUCGUGAGAAGAAACACAAACAUCACAAGGAAAAGAAACGUGACAAGGGUGAACGUCAUAUUAGUGAAAGUCCUAGACGAGAGGCAUCAUCGGUAGAACAUAUUGAAGAUUUAACUUUGAUAGCCAGUCAGGAUUCACAGUCUUUGCCGGGUUGUUCCUCAUUUCAAAUACAACGUAGUCCUAAGAUAGCGGCGGCAGGGCCGCCUUCAAAUAUUGCAUUGACGGCUGACGGUGAUAGUAGUCAAGAUGGUUUUAGUUUUAUGGAUGAUGACAAUUUACAACCUUUGCCGGAAAAUAUUCUCUUCUAUGCAAAUAUGACUACAGACAAUUCACCUUCAUGCAGGCCAGUUUCUAAACCCAUUGUACCCAUUAAGACGGAUGAUACCAUGAUAGCCUCACCCUCGCCGUCAUCAAUACAAAGUAUACCGAUAGGACCGGCAUCAAGUGGUAGUAUUGCCGGUGCUGGAGGAGAGGUGGGAAGUGUACAUAUGGCAGGAAGUCCAGCCGCUAGUAUAGGAGGUGUUAGUCCCACAAAACCUUUGGCAGAGUUAAUGAUACCAUCACCCUCGCCCUCCACCCCAGCUUCUACACCAGGCGGUAUGGGCGGUUCUUUGUCAGCUUUAACACCUAAACAAUUGGAAGCACCCAAAACUCCUAGCUCAUCGAGUGAAUCGGGACGUGAACCUCGCACCUGUGUAUUAAAGUUGAAACAACAAAAAUCACCACUAAAUAAACUGCUAGAACAUCUAUUACGUAUUUUGGAAAAACGUGAUCCUCAUCAGUUUUUUGCUUGGCCUGUAACCGAUGAUAUUGCUCCCGGCUAUUCAAAAAUCAUCACUAGACCCAUGGAUUUCUCUACGAUACGACAAAAAAUUGAUGAUAAUGAUUAUAGUACCUUGACAGAAUUCACUGACGAUUUUCGGCUAAUGUGCGAUAAUGCAAUACGUUACAAUCAUGUGGACACUGUAUAUCAUAAGGCAGCAAAGCGCUUACUGCAGGUGGGUAUGAAACACUUGGCACCUGAUAGUUUGAUGAGAAGUCUUAAGCCUUUAUCGGGUUAUAUGCGAGAACUAACAGCCAAGGAGCUAGGAUUCGAAUUAGUACAAAAUCAUGGAGAUUUUCCAGCUUAUGAUCAUCAUGCCAUGGCGGAUUCGGCCGAUGAGGGAGCAUCAACUGGCACUGAGGAACCUAUGACUCAGGCCCAGCUUGAGGAGGAAAGAAAACGUAAAGCCAUACGUUUAGAAAAUCAACCAAAAUCACGCUUUGCUCCCUAUGUAGAUGAUUUGACUUCAGAAGAGAUUUUGGCUCAAGUUCAAGGUGCUGCUCAAGCUGCCAAAAAACGUUUGUCGGCAAAGGAAAGAGCCCAUAAAAUGGGUUUCCUAAGACAAAAUAAAGAUGGUUCUACCUCAUUAAAUUUACUCACCAAAGAUGAAAAUGAGGGACCCGAAAAGGUUGUGUCACUGGGCGAUUUGGUGGGUAAACUUAAGAAAGGUUCUGGUCAAGUGCAGGGCUAUCGCGAAGACAAACGUAAUGAGGCCAAAUUGGUGAAACCUCUAAACUAUGGUCCCUUUGCCUCUUUCGCUCCCAUAUUCGAUUCACGUUUCUCCACCCUCAACAAGGAUGAGACCCAGUUGGUAUUGGAAACUUAUGGUGAUGCUACCAGUACUGAAUAUGCCGAAAGUAUUUUGCAAUUCACUAAAGAUUCCUCUUAUGCAACCAUGUUAGCCAAUGGUCUACUUGAUAUCCUAACAAAUGGUGAACAUUCCAAGGGCAUGCAAGAACUGUGCGAUCUACAAUUACAAAACUACGAACAACAAGAGGCCCUCAAAUGUUUCAACAAUAGUGGUCCUGUCGUAGAUAGUUCGGCCAGCGUGGAAACACGUGCUGAAAUCGAAAGGGAAUAUGAAAAGUAUAAAAAUACUCGAAUAGAUUUCAAUCGUCUGCGCACCUUAGAUGAUUUAGGCAUAAAAGUUGACUUUUUGGAUGAUAUCGAAAAAGAAAUGAAGAAUUUCGAAUUGACGCGAAGACUGCAGGAACAUUUGAGUAAUAAUUUGAACUUGAUUGAUAAACUAAGGAAUACACAACAUGAACGUUUGUCUCAGCCAUUGCCACAACAUUUGGGUCUAGUACAGCCACCUUCGCAAGAAGAAACUCAAUUAGCGCAGCAAAUAACACAGCAAUUGACUGAUGUGGUUAAGAAAUUGCCUCCUUCGGCGGUAACAGAUCCUUAUGCCUUGAGAAAGGCCAUGGGAUUAUCAUUUGUUGGUUUACCACCACCACCAGAACCUCAGCAACGUUUACAGGUGCCUGCUCUUAUACAGCAACCGGUAUCCAUGCCCAAUAUACCUUUUACACAAAAUCUUCCCUCCUCCUCUUCUACUGCUGCAGCCCACCAGGAAAGUAGCAACAAUCUGUCAUCUACUCUAGCCAUGGACAUAGACGAAGAUGUUUCAGCCACCGCUGGUGGUGAUUUGGAAAAUGAGUUGCGUGAAUUUUUAGAAAGCGGACCUGGUCUACAUGCUGCCUCCUCAUCAGCCGCAGAUGAUAAUAAUUUAAUGGCCCAAUUACUUAUGAAUUAAAAUAUACGUUCAUUUCUCCCUUAUUAGCUUUGUUCUUUUAGCUUUAUGUUUUUAUUAUUUCUUAAGGUUUCUAAUAUUUUUCUCAUUGUUUUUUUUUUUUAAUUUAACAUUUUAAAAUAUUUUUUUAAUUAUUCCAUUUUAUUUUUAAUUUAUCAAAUAUUGGACAUUUAUUAAGUUGUUCGAUUUUUAAUUUCGGAUAAAACAUCCUUAAAAUUACAAAAACAAAAUUUCGCCUGAUGAAAUUGUUUAUAACAAUAUAUUUGUAUUAAAGAAAACAAAAUAAAUAUUAAAAUAAAUAUGUGUAUAUU